CCAUUUCCUUUGGGGGGAAAAAGUGCUCGGCUAUUUUUUUUUUUCGCUGACAUCUUUGUAUUUUUAGCUGUUAGCAGUUGUUGCUAAGUAACUUUUCGACGGGCUUCCUCUGGCGAAAAUAAUAUCCGCGAGUUGCACGACGUCCACGCUGUUGAACGAGAGCAGCUCCGCGGCUUUGAAAAGUGGCUAUGGAAGAAGUGCAGCGAGGCAGCAAUGGCACCGAGUCACAGACUGCCACCAUUCCCACUACCAUCACAUCCUCUCAGUUUUCACAGAUAGCCCAACAGAUGUCACUAGGUGGUUCUUCUGUGGCUGUUGUACAACUGCCUGGGGGUCAGUUUCAGGUUCAAGGAGUGAUCCAGUCUGCGCAGUCGUCGGUCAUUCAGUCCCCUCAGGUGCAGACUGCACAGGUCCAGGAUACAGAUAGUGAAGAUUCACAGGACUCAUCUGACAGUGGAGCAACAGCCCAGAAGACCAGAGAAAUAUUGGCACGGCGGCCCUCAUACAGAAAAAUCCUAAAUGAGCUCUCAUCUGAGGAAAUGACACAGGAUCCAGCAUCCACAGGAGGGGCCGGUGUUACAGUACCCACCACCCAAAUCUACCAGACCAGCAGCGGCCAGUACAUCACUAUAGCUGCUAAUGGAACAAUCCAGCUGGCGACUCCUGGGACCGAUGGCCUUCAGGGACUACAGGCUGUCACCAUGGCCAACUCUGGUGGAGCGCAGCAAGGCACCACCAUCCUUCAGUAUGCCCAGACACCUGAUGGCCAGCAGAUACUGGUGCCUAGCAACCAGGUUGUUGUACAAGGUGCAGGAGGGGAGGUACAAACAUAUCAGAUUCGCACAGCACCCACAUCCAGCUCCCUCGCUCAGACUGUAGUGAUGACCUCUCCUGUGGGACUGUCUCAGACCAAGUCUGACGAUCCAACAUUUAAGAGAGAAAUCAGGCUUGCAAAAAACAGAGAGGCAGCCCGUGAAUGUCGACGGAAGAAAAAGGAAUAUGUCAAAUGUCUGGAAAACCGCGUAGCUGUUCUUGAGAACCAAAACAAGACCCUGAUAGAAGAACUCAAAACAUUAAAGGACCUUUAUUGUGUUAAAACAGGAUAAAUGCCUGUUUGAAUGCAGGUCAAGGAUUGAGACGUGGCAGCGGCACAGCUCAGCCAUUGGACAUUUUGGGGUUUCUGGGAACACUUCAUUUCAGGCUGAGAUCCUCCAGUUUUCUUGUGUUUUUUUUUCUACUGUUUGAUACAAAAGAGUCUUGUGAUCGCAGUGAGAUUUACUCAACAAUUAAAAUGAAAUUGGCCAUUUUUUCACCUGCUGUUUUUUAAUAAAUUUGCUAAUUCUAUAACAUUUAUAGUUAUGUACAUUUUUAAUACUGGAAGGUUUGAAAUUGUGAGCUUUAACUUUGAGUCUCAGUUUCUACAUGUAUCCCUUCCUUUUCUCGUGUUUUUAAAAAUGUAGCUGUUGGAUAUUUUUUUCUUCUUCUAACAGCAUCUGCAGAAUUUUGACUGUAUGAUUAUUACACAGACAUAAAAUUCCUGUUUAUAUUGUGAACCAGCAAUUCCCCUCAUUUCUCCAUUAAAAUCGCAUUCCUUUUUUUUUUUUGUGCAAUGGAAUAUCAAGGGUAACAGUAAAUAAGACAUCAGGUGUGGUUUGUUUCUUGGCAGUUACUUAGACAAUCAGGGAAAAAGCACAGUGUCCAGGUAAUAUUUAUUAUGUGCAUCUUGGGAAGGGUGGGGAAGAAGAACAAACCGUCUAUGAAAUGUUGCUGAUUCUGUAAGAAAAUAAAUAUAUUUUCACUCAAAA